UCUGGUAAAGCGAAACCUUGAGAUUGGUUCAGAGACACCCCCGCAACAAUGUCCAAGCCCCUGAGCCGUAGCAGUGGAGGCUGUUGGACAUGUCGUAUCCGCCACAGGAAGUGCGAUGAAGCAUCUCCGACAUGUAAAGAAUGCACAGAUCGACACAUAGUAUGCCAUGGCUAUGGAGCGGAGCCUGAAUGGGUCAAGAACCCAACCAAAUUACAGGUCGAACUUCAACGCAUCAAGCAUGCUGUGAAACAGAACUUCCGCCGAACUCGAAAACUGCAGGCUUCUUCCACACGUUCAUCCACUAGAGCCGCAACAGAGCCUUCGGGGGAAACCCUUGAAGAGUCAGCAAUAUUCUCGCCUGGCGGGUCUGAAUAUCGAGAAGCCGAGCUUCUGACAUAUUAUCUGGACUACAUCUUUCCCCUUCAAUACGCCUAUUACGUGGACAAGCCAGCGCUCGGUGGCCGAGGAUGGCUUUUCUGGCUUCUGUCCAAGCAAGGGCCGCUCCGUCAAGCCGCCUUCACGCUAUCAGCUCUACACCAACACGCCAUGUCGCAAAGUAAGACAGAAGAGAUGGAGUCAGAGCUUAUCCGAUAUCACACCAAUGCGAUGCAGGAACUUCGUCAAGUUCUCAGUCGUUGCGAGACAGACGGUUUCGCCAGCCAUCCCGAAUAUCGCGUCGAGUUUCUCACCUGCGGAACUUUUCUUAUCAGCUUCGAGGUCUUCCAAGGAGGGACCACUAACUGGCAGUCACAUCUGAGCGCUCUUGUGCUAGUCGCGGGUCAAAUUGACUUGGAGAGCGUGGGUGUAAGGUCCGAAUCUUCCACAAGAAUUGAGACUGGAUUCCAAAUAAUUAUGAGUGCUGCCAUCAGGUUCCAUGUGUCUCAGCUACUUUGGUUCGAGCUUCUAUCAUGUGUCUCUACAGGUGAACCACCGAGGCUCCCUUACCAAAUGUGGCUCAGUCACGAAGAAAUCGAUAUAUCCUGUGUCAUGGGUUGCCAGAACUGGGCUAUGCUAGCUCUUGGAGAUGUAGCCUUGCUAGAAGCACAAGUUGCAGAGAUGAACCCGAGAGCUCUGAGCCGCAAGAUAGCAGACAUAACUAAACGUCUCGAAGACGGUGUUGGAUACUUGGGUGUAGAACAGAAGCCCGCCUCAGCCUUGAUAUCGCAGUCGAUCACUCGCAUAUAUGCAACGGCAGUGCUUGUGCAACUGCACACAAUUUCAGGCAACACAGAGGAUCCACCCGAGAACGCGUCUGAAAUCAUUUACAAUGCAGUAUCCGACGUCAUGGAUGCUUUUCAAAGCGUACCUGAAGGCUUGUCUCUAAAACCUGUGACGUGGGCCAUGUGCGUCGCUGGAGCAAUGGCAGGGCCAGGUCAACAACCAUUCUUCGAGAAUUUGAUUGAGGGAAUACUCGAAAACUCAGGUUCCGGAUUCACAAACUGUGAUACGGUGCUACGUGUUUUGAAGGAAUGCUGGAAGGAACAGGAAUACUACGGUACCGACAACAGUGUCCCUAGAAAUGCAAUGUCACGGCUGGGGAUUUGUGUCCUUUUGAUUUGAGGCAUGGCCCAUCAGAGGUUCCUGCUUCCUACACAAUGCGACGGCGGCCAGGGUUACCUUAAGACCCAAGUAAUCCCGAAUUUAGGGGAAAACAAUACGUCAACUAUUCAAAUCAUUGUGAAGGCACAAGGAACUCCUCUCUGCAGGCUGCGAAUUGUCUCGAUACGACCUCAUCUGUCUAAGAUGAUACCACCACCCGCAACCCCUAUUCCUGUCCAGCUAAACUUUUUCCCUCGAACGGUGAACUAAUUUCAACAUGCUUGAG